AUGUCUCAAAAAGCUUGUUACGUUUGCGGUAAGAUCGGCCAUUUAGCUGAUGACUGUGAUUCUGAAAGACUAUGUUACAACUGUAACCAACCAGGCCAUGUUCAAUCCGAAUGUACAAUGCCAAGAACUGUUGAACACAAGCAAUGCUACAACUGUGGUGAAACCGGCCAUGUCAAGAGUGAGUGUUCCAUUCAACGUUGUUUCAACUGUAAUCAAACUGGCCAUGUCUCAAGAGAGUGUCCUGAACCAAGAAAGGGUAGAUUUGGUGCUGCCAGCAAGAACGUUUCUUGUUACAAGUGUGGUGGUCCUAACCAUGUUGCCAGAGACUGUAUGCAAACUGACACCAAGUGUUACUCAUGUGGUAGAUUCGGUCACGUUUCCAGGGAUUGUCCAAAUGGCCCAAAUGAGAAGGUUUGUUAUAACUGUAACGAAACUGGUCACAUCUCUAGAGACUGCCCAGUUUUGUAA